AUGCCUUUCGGCAGAACGUUUGCACUUUCUCCCCUGCAGCAUCACCUGACAACAAAACUUAUCCAGCCGGUGAUCUGCGAGGCCAACUCGCCGACGGCGUCUGCAAAACCACGAGGACCAGAAGAAAAAUGCAGCCCUUGCCCACCAGGCACGAAGACCCUUAAUGGCACCCACUGCGUUAGCUGUCCAACUGGUUUCAUUUCAGCCAAUCACAAUGACAGCUGUGUGGCGUGCCCCGCCGAUGAGGUGCCUGUGUUUGGAAUCAAGUACGACACCUGGAGUCGAAUGCCUCCAAGGUUGGCCACGUAUUGCCUCGAGGAGGAUGUCACCUGCCAGCCGUGGCGCACGAAUGGCUCGUCGAUUUUUGUGGGUCCUGGCCUUAGCAGCUUUGUCCACUCAGUUCUCGAGCUUGAAUUGCUGGAUGGUUUCAUUGGACCGAAGCUGAAUAUGCCAUUUUAUCUUGACCCUUUCAUCCGUCCCCUUCCUGGCACAAAAGUCGUCUUUGACUUUGAGCUCGACUGCCGAGCCAAUUGCACACUUACCUUCGCCGUGGAUUCGCUAUCGGAGACACUGCUAAUCCAGAAAUGGAAUGGACCAUUGAAGCGAAUGACUUAUACGUACACACCCGGUGAGUGUGAAGGCGCUAGUUUCUUGUGGCUAUUUGAACGCUGGAGUGCUAGUGGAUCAAAAUGGGAUCCAGCGAGUAGAAACGACAAAGCAAUCAUAUAUUCGAUCGCUGUGAACAACACUCGUGAAACUGGGGCACUUGGGUGCAAAAAAUGCCCCCUCGGAAUUGACGGACAGUUUUGCAAGCCUUGCAAAGACGGUCUCUUCUACACAAUGACCAAAAACGCAACGACGGGUGUGGAGCGAGCUGAGUGCGUUCCCUGUCCGAAUGGAACCAUGGUCAUCGGCGACGCCUCUGACAUCAUGACGGUCGACCAAGCCUGCAUUCGGUGCCCUCCUGGAACCACCGCGGGACCUGCCAGCGACUGCGUCACCGACUUGUAUCCUGAGGCACCGAGCGGACAGAACUAUGACUUCUCAACUCUGCUAACCAAACUUGGAGACAAGUUGAUCAAGGCCGUUGCCACUAAUUCUUCAAUGGAGUUUGCCAAAGAAAUAAACUCCAAGUUAACAACCGCUGGGUGGAAAGCUGAUGAUCUAGGUAACGACUACCAUCUUUUCUUCAAAACCAAGUCGACGACUAGCGCUUGUCAAGAGGGCAUCAAUACAAUUGUCACUCUCCGCUGUGGUGCCGUCUCUAACGCGGCUGGGGAUUCAGUCGACGCAUCAGGCACGGCCCUGGUUCAAAUCCCUCCGAACUGUGCGGUUGGUACCUGUGAUGGAUGCCAGUUCCACUUUAUGAUUAUCUCACCACUUGCGUGCCCCAUCUGCCGGAUGCAGGACUACAAUCGAAUCGAGGGGAGCUGUGUUGGUGGAUCCAUGAAGGUUACACUCAUCCCUCCCAAGACUUGCCGUUCCGAACCAAAGUUCAGGACUGUGUUUGAGGAGUCCUGCCCUCUGCUGAACACGCAAGGCAAAAUCGCUGUCGGCGUGGUCAUGGCUAUUGUCCUCCUGCUCAUCUUUACGAUAUUUUACUGCUAUCAGAGGAAUAAAAACAGCAGCAAUGGAUCCGACGGCGUGCAACAAGGUAACGAAUGCGGCAUUCCAGAGGAUGACCAGGAAACGGACAUUUUUCAUCACAAACCAAUCAGUGCCAUUGCAGGCGGAGAAUCCGACAGUAAGUGGAACCAACUCACUCCCAACAGUGGCGACCUCAAAAGUGGAACAUUCGGACCAGUCAUCUUUAGGCAGAACCGAACCGCGGAUGACUCACAUAUCCUCACCUUGGACGACGGUAACGCGCCUGAUACCGUUCCAAUCUGA